AUGAACAGCGUUGAGUCGCUGAAGAUAGAGCAUCUGAAUGAGUGGGUCUCCUUGGGUAUCAACACUAUCGAGGCCUUCCUUGUCGACUGGCAAGUCAUCUUCACCCACUGCGACCCAUCGAUGCUCUUCGCCUUGAAGAGUGUCAAGCGAGAAUUUCGCAAACUUCCGGGGUAUGAGGGCACUUGGAAGAAAUGCCGUCUCAACAACUAUGGCGAGGACAUCCCACCGCCUCCGGCCGGCUUGAAAGAGUACCAAUAUCUCGAUCCUCUCGACGGGCAGAAGGAUUGCAUGUCGUGGGGUCAUAAGGGCUUACGGAUCGGAAUGCUGAUUGCACGGCCGACGAACGGACACUGA